AUGCCUUCGACGAAUCUACCAUCGAGUUUCGCCUCAGCCGCCGCCGGCCAAAACGCAAACGCGAGAGCCGGUCGAAAUGACGGCCGUGGAGCAAGCGGGGAAUGGGCUCGACGUGACGGCAGAAUUAACGGUACCCUGACCUUCCGCCGACCCUCGACGACUCCCGGCCAACCGUCCCAACCCGCAGCUUCUUCCGAAAAUGCUUUCGCCGCGUCAAACAUCGACUCCAGUGCGAUCCCGCAGACCCCGGGCGCCAGCAGCUACGACCCGAAUUCCUCACAGUACCACAAGGACUCCAUCCUUAACCUGUACAGGAACGGCGCGGCGGAUUCAGACCCCUCCAGCGUGAUAGAACCGGGAUGGACUCCGGGACACACAAACGGAAACGCCACGCGGGGUUGGGGAAAGAGCAAUAACAACCACAACUCUCAGGACCCUUCUUCGUGCUGGAACUCGCGCGGCGACAGCCAUCCUGUCGGCGUCAACGGCAUGACUGACGAGGAGGAAAAGAUUUUCGCGUCAGAUGUCAACUCUCCUCUGAAGCCCCCGCUCCAGAAUAAGGAGGGAACCCAAGGGCCCGGACCUAAUGGACGAAAAGCUUCCCUGUCCCACGGUAGCGCUGCUGGAUAUGGGUUGUCAUCUCCAGUUUCUGCCUCCAGACCGGGAACGCGACGCCGCGAGACGACAGACACCUUCGGCGGCGGUCCCCUCGCUUCCCCUAGUGCGACGCGCUUUUCUCGCGACGACCCGGCGUUCCUGUUUGGCCGCAAGAACAACGACGUGAAGGAGCAGGAUGCGGGCGAAGAUGAUGGUGCUGGUCAAGCGCAGACGCAGGCUCAGAGCAAAGCACCCUUCGGCAACUUGACUAGGAGCAACACGGCCGGGAAUCCCACUAUGGGCGCAAACAUCAGCUCGCUCUGGGGCAACUCCCAGCCGGCGUCUGCUGGUGGAAUGGGUGGUGGUGGAAUGGGCAGCUUCGGUCAGUUCGCGCUGCCGACUCCCACUUCGACCAUCGGCUCCGGAGCUCGAGGUGGAAGCCGCUUCGCCAAUCUGAUCAACAAGGAGAGCAGCGAUAGUCCCGUCAAACCGAAUGAAGCCUCCACCCCCGACGCGGGUCUGUCCUGGCGCCCACGCAACCGCACCGACACCGACCCUUUUGCGGGAGACGACGGCCUGUCUGGCAGCGCAGCCCUGGGAGGCGCCCAAGACACGAGCCCCCCGGCGGCGAACCCGAACCCUGCUAGCAAUAUCGGCAUGUUCGAGACACCUGUCAAAGGCUCAACCGGUGAUUUUGGCAUGUCUGGGCUGAACCUCGGUCGCCAGCUGGAUCAGGAACCCGGCCCCCAGAGCCCUGCCGAGACCAACCCGUACCGCAGCCCCCCUGCUGAGCGCGGCGAGUCCCAAGAAGACGCCGGCGCCGACAAGCAACACGGUGCGGCUGCUGGUGCUGAGCACAACCCCGCCUUCAACUCGAUGCGUGGCUUCCCCACCCAUCCUUUCGACGGCAGCGAUCGCAGCCAAACCAGUAGCGCUGGCGCCCGAGCAGGCUAUGCAUCCGGCUGGCCAGUUCCUCUGUCGACCGGCACUCCUGAUAGAGAACGGGGUGGCUUCGGAGGUGUUUUCGGCAGCUCUCUGUUUAGCCCCAUGGGCGCUGAACUUCAGUCUCCCGGUCUGUCGAGCAUCGGAGGUGGCGUGUUCGGCCCUCCCAGUGCUGGUGGUCUUGGGGGAGCAGGAACCAUUGGCCGUAGCAAGCUGCAUUCCCUCUUUCCCCCGGCCAUGCAAGCUCAGAUGCAGGGCCACGAGCAGGAGAACCUCAGUGAUUCACUUCCUGACCUGCGUCAGGCUACAGCUCUGGGUGCCAUUGGUCGCAGUAACUUCGCCACUCAACCUCGCGACACGGGCAGUCCUUUGCGCAGUGGUCGCGGCGGCAUCUUUGAGGAGAUGUUCCCCUCCGACCCUACCCGCACCCACAGCGGCUUUGGAGGUUCUGACCUCUCUCAUUCGGCGGCUGCUGCUGUUGGACACCCCCAAUCCUUUACACCUGGAGCUUCCACCGGCGCCGAAUACGGCACGACCCAUCGCCAGAUGGUCAUGCCCGAUCGCAUGCGCUGGGUCUAUCUCGAUCCUCAGCAGCAAGUGCAAGGACCUUUCAGUGGAUUGGAGAUGAACGACUGGUACAAGGCCAACUUCUUUACGCCCGAUCUCCGAGUCAAGAAGGUUGAGGACCAUGAUUUCGAGCCACUCGGUCAGCUGAUCCGUAGGAUCGGAAACUCUAGAGAGCCAUUCCUCGUUCCUCAGAUCGGCAUUGCCCAUGGUCCUCCCACCCAGGCUGGUCCCUUCUCUCCUGGCGGCAGCACCGGCGUUAUUCCCCCUCUCAGUGGUGUCUUCCCUAGUUUCGGUAGAACCUUGACUGCGGAGGAGCAGAACAACCUGGAGCGUCGGAAGCAGGAGGAACAGCAGGCCAUGGCCCAGCAGCGGGAUUUCAUGAUGAGGCAGCAGGCUAUCACGAGAAUCCAGAACCAAGGCCCAGGUGGUGUCCCCGGUCUUCACCACCAGCACAGUGCUCACAGCCUGCAGAGCCAACCUAGCUUCGGCAGCAUCUCGUCUCCGAUCGGUGCUCAUCCUCAACAGCCCCCCAUCGGUGGCGGCGUUGGACCUACAUCCGGCUUCUUCGAUUCUGCCCCGCAGAGCGCCGCUCAGGCUCCAGUUGGCGCUGGACUGGAUCAUUUUCGUGAGGACGAGCUGGCAAACCUGAACCCUAGUGAGCGCCAAAUGCUUGCCAACGUUCAAGCCCCUACCAGCCUGUCGAGUAUUUUCCCGCAGCAACCCAUCGGCGCGCCCGCCAAUGACACCAACCUUCGCGGCAACCUUCCCAGCACCGAUGACCUGGACAAGGAUGAGGAGGGCUUCAGCGAACGUCUCAAGCAGUUUGAGGACCUUCGCGCCGAGCAUGAGGCUGAGAAGGCCCAGGAGCUGGCUCAGCAUGCGGAAGAGCAUGAUGACUAUGGAGCUUCCGCCCCGGGCCAUUCUAGUCACUCCGUGAUGCAGGAGCAGUCCAGGUCACCCGCUCCCGGUAUCAAGGAGAUUAUGGAGGAGGAGCAACAGCUGUCUCUGACUCAACAGGUCCAGAAGGCUCAGGCUGCUGCUGCCGCCGCCAAGAACGCCGCUGCUGGUCUCCCCAUGCCGUUCCCUCCCCCGCUGCCCGCCACUGGCACGCCUCUUCCGGCCCCUACCGCCCAGCGCGUCCGCUCCAACCUCCCGGAGCAGUACAACCGCUCCCAGACCGGAACGCCUGACACUGGAUCGGCCACUGAGCCGCCCCCGCUGGCUCCGUGGGCCAAGGAAGCCGCGAGCCGCAAGGGUCCCAGCCUGAAGGAGAUCCAAGAAGCCGAGGCUCGUAAGGCGGCCAAGGCUGAGGAGGUUGCUGCUGAGCGUCGCCGCCAAGCUCUCGAGCAAGAGGCCGCCGCUCUGAGGGAGCGCGAGAAGGCUGCCUCUUCCGCGACUGGCCUGCCCACGACUAGUACUUGGGGCAACGGAUCGCCGGUCGGAGCUGCCAGCCCUUGGACCAAGCCCGUCGCCACCAAGUCGACUCCCGGAACCAGCACUCCCGCCAAACAGAAGACGCUCGCCGAUAUUCAGCGCGAGGAGGAGGUUCGCAAGAUGAAGGCCAAGGAGAUUGCCGUCCAGACUGGCAUCGCGUCCGCCGCCGCCGCCGGCAAGCGUUAUGCCGACCUCGCCACGAAGUCUAACGCUGCUCCCGGUCUUGGUCAGCCGAAUGCUGGCGCCCCGCUCACUGGAACCGGCUGGGCUACCGUCGGAGCCGGUGGUAAGAUCAAGGCGCCCACCGGACCUGCGGCCCAGACCCGGUCUGUUAGCGCCGCCGGUGUCAAGCCCACCCCCGUUGUUGCGAAGCCAGUGUCCAAGCCUGUCGCCGCUCCCAUCGCCGCGCCUACUAAGACCGACAUGGCGAUGGAUGAGUUCAACAAGUGGUUGACUCGGGAGCUCUCUCGGGGCAUCACUGGUGUCGACAUUGACACUUUCGCCGCUACGCUCCUGAUUCUGCCGCUUGAGAACACCAUUAUCGCCGAUGCAAUUUACGCAAACUCAAAGACGAUGAACGGACAGCACUUUGCCGAAGAGUUCAUCCGUCGCAAGAAGCUCGCCGACAAGGGUGUGGUCGAGAAGCAAGGUACCGGCGGUGACAAGUCUGGCGGUUCUUCCAGCGGAUGGAACGAAGUCGCCAAGAAGGGCGGUCACAAGGAGCCUACCCCUACCGGCGAUGCCGGAAUCCAGGGUGCCGGCUUCAAGGUUGUGCCCACCCGCAAGAAGGCGGGCAAGAAGGUCUAG